AUGGCGGCGAGCGAGAUGCCCGACGGCGAGUGGGCGACGCAGUACUGCCCGAUUGGCAUGCACUGUGGCUUUGCGAAGAACGGCUGCCCGGUCAAGAUUGAGCGGCUGGGCCGCUUCGACCUCAAGGGCAUCACGAGCACGCCAAACUACCGCAAGAAGCUCAACGCCUUCUACCUGGGGCUCGUGGAUUGCCUGCAGCGGCGGCUCGACCAACACGCGGCCGACACGGCCAACCUGACCGAGGGUCAGACGUACGAGAUCUUCGACCUCGCGGGACUGGGCACGCACAUGCUCACCUUCUCCGCGCUCAACUUCACGAAGGACGUGCUCUCCGCCUUCGCGACGCACUACCCGUCCUCCUUCCGCAAGGCGACCGUCAUCAACGCGCCCGGCUUCGCCAACGGCGCCUGGCGGAUGGUCUCGACGGUGCUGCCAAAGUCGGUCAAGGAGAAGGUAAACAUCAUGGGCGCGGACUACAUGGACGUGCUGCGCGCGGAGCUAACCGAGGAGGCGCUCUACUGGGUCGACGCGCCAAACGAGGAGCUGGUGCACGCGCCUCGCCGAGCCGGCGAGGCGGUGCCCGAGCCGAGAGAGGAGGCGGCCGGCGCGCCCGCGGUCGCCGCGAUUGGCGACUCGCCUCGCGACGGCGCCUCCCCGUGAGGGCGGCCAGAGCGCCACCACCGGGCGCGGCAGCAGCUCGGGCUCCGUGCAGCAGCUCGGGCUCUGUCGCGCCGUGUAGCGUGGGCGGGUGGUGGUGGUGCGGUGCAGGUAUGCGGCCGAGGAGGUCCAACGAGGCUUCUAGCGGUGCAGAGGAGGGUGCAGCCAGUAUAUGCCCGCCGCACGGCCCGGGGCUCGUUGGACUUGGAGGGACGUGUGGCUGUGCGGGGGGGCGAGGUGCGCCGACGCACGUAGUUGAAGGCUGUUUAGGUGGUUGCGCGUUGCGCCAAUGCGUGGCAAUGAGCACAUUUUGUCUCGCUGACCCGCGAGCCGGGUAUGCUCAAUCGUGUGCGAGCGCGGGGGCGCGGGCGCGGGCGGCGCCGCGCCCAUUAA